AUGGACUGUGACAUUGCCUCUUAUCAUGUGGAAUCAUUCGAUUUUCUUGUCACUUCGGGUUGCCAGUAUGCCGCACAAGCUAUUCCUGCCGAAAAAUUCCGGUUGAAAAACGGAGACGCCGUCACGAUGAAGUUCACUUCUGCUCAGCUCCACAAGCCAACUCUCGACAGUGGAGUAAGCGAAAGUUUAAGAAGACAGCGUCGACGAUUACUAUUUUGCAGGCAAACCUAACAAGUGACACACUUCCAAUGUUUCCGGCCGAAUGCCGACAACGUGGAUUGACUUACGCCGGAAAUCUGAAAGUAGGAAUCGAUGUGCAUGUGAAUGGGAGUCGAUUGGAUAUCAUCGAGACGAUUCUCGGAAAAGUAUCUGAAUGAAAACUGAAAAUAUUGAUUUAAAGUGAGUUCAGGUGCCAAUUAUGCUCCGCUCGGAAGGAUGUCAUUUGCGUGGAAUGUCCAGAAAAGAAUUAGUGGCUGCGGGCGAAGAACCGAUUGAGAAAGGAGGAUAUUUUAUUGUAAAUGGAUCCGAAAAGGUCAUCAGAUUGUUGAUUGCCAACCGGAGAAACUUUCCGAUCGCCAUCAUCCGAAAGACGUUCAAAGAGAAGGGAAAACUGUUCUCGGAGUUCGGAGUUAUGAUGAGAAGUGUGAAAGAGAACCACACGGCCGUGAUGAUGACUCUCCACUAUCUGGACACGGGAACCAUGCAGCUGGCUCUCCAGUUCCGUCGCGAGAUCUUCUACGUCCCUCUCAUGUACAUCGUGAAGGCUUUGACUGACAAAAACGAUGCCGUCAUCUCCGCUGAGUUCAAAAGAGGCCGAAAGGGCGAUCAAUUCUUCGCUUCCUGUAUUCUCAACAUGUUGGCACAGUGUCAAGAAGAAGGAAUUCUACACCAAGAGGCUGCAAUUCGGGCCAUCGGAUCCCGCUUCCGUGUUGCAGUUUCGGAUAGAGUUGCUCCAUGGGAAGAUGACCUCGAAGCAGGAAGAUUCAUUAUUCGGGAGUGCGUGCUUGUCCAUCUGGAGAACGACGAGGAGAAGUUCUACACUCUGGCCUAUAUGACUCAGAAAUUAAUCGCCCUGGUAAAAGGAGAAUGUGCUCCCGAGACUCCGGAUAACCCACAGUUUCAAGAGGCCUCCAUCUCCGGACACAUCAUGCUGCUGAUCCUUCGUGAACGAAUGGAAAAUAUCAUCGGAAUGGUCCGUCGAAAAUUGGAGUUUAUGUCGUCAAGAAAGGAUUUCAUUCUAACAUCGUAAGGGAACCCUAUACAGUGUCGUUCAAUCAGUAUUAUUUUCAGAGCUUCGAUUCUGAAAGCACUGGGAAACCACUCUGGAGGAGAGGUCACUCGUGGAAUGGCCUACUUCUUGGCCACAGGAAACUUGGUCACUCGUGUCGGAUUGGCUUUACAGCAAGAGUCCGGCUUCUCGGUUAUCGCCGAAAGAAUCAAUCAACUCCGAUUCGUCUCCCACUUCCGAGCUAUCCAUAGAGGAGCCUUCUUCAUGGAAAUGCGAACCACCGAUGUCCGCAAACUCCGCCCAGAAGCGUGGGGUUUCAUUUGCCCCGUCCACACUCCUGACGGUGCUCCGUGCGGUCUUCUGAAUCACGUAACUGCUUCUUGCCGCAUUGUCACUCAUCUCACCGACAAUUCUAACGUGCCCGCGAUGCUCGCCGAACUCGGAAUGUACACACACAAGACGGUUUCUCUGGCUCCGCCCAAUGAAGAGCUGUAUCCAGUCUUGAUGGACGGAAGAUUCAUCGGAUAUGUACCAAUCGCAAAAGCUGCUUCGAUCGAAAGAUAUCUGAGAUGCGCCAAAGUGGCCAAGGAUGCCAGAAUUCCGUACACUUCGGAAGUGGCCCUCGUCCGCAGGUCCACUGACAUCAAGAACAUCCAAACGCAGUACCCGGGAGUCUACAUUCUCAGCGAUCCGGGUCGUCUGAUCCGUCCCGUCCGGAACUUGGCCAUGGACGCCGUCGAACACGUUGGAACGUUCGAGCAGGUGUAUCUGUCGAUUGUUCUGGAUCCAGAAGAGGCCGAACCGGGAAUUACGAUGCAUCAGGAACUUCACCCGUCUUGUCUCUUCUCCUUUGCCGGAAAUCUCAUUCCGUUCCCGGAUCACAAUCAAUCUCCCCGGUAUCCAAUACCUUUUUAUUUUUUUGAAACGCAGCUUUUUUCAGCAACGUGUACCAAUGUCAGAUGGGUAAACAGACGAUGGGAACGGCCGUCCAUGCGUGGCACGCAAGAGCAGAUAACAAAAUGUACAGACUGCAGUUUCCGCAGCAGCCACUGCUCAAAUUGGAAGCCUACGAGAAGUAUCAAAUGGACGAGUACCCGCUCGGAACGAAUGCUUGUGUGGCUGUCAUUUCCUACACGGGAUACGACAUGGAAGACGCGAUGACCAUCAACAAAGCAUCCUAUCAACGUGGAUUCGCGCACGGAACAGUCAUCAAAGUGGAAAGAAUCAAUCUGGUGACCGACAGAGAACGGAAAACGAUUUUCCAUAAAAAUUCUCGAGAGGAAAUCAAGACGGUCGGAGCGGACGGUCUGCCGAUUCCUGGACGACGAUACUUCUUGGAUGAGGUCUAUUACGUCACCUACAACAUGGAAACCGGCGACUACAAAACGCACAAGUUUCACUAUGCGGAGCCGGCCUAUUGUGGUCUCGUGAGAAUUGUCCAGCAGGGAGAAGGGGAUUCUGGAGCGAAACACGCGCUCAUUCAGUGGAGAAUCGAAAGAAAUCCCAUUAUUGGUGAUAAAUUCGCUUCUCGACACGGACAAAAGGGAAUCAACUCGUUCCUGUGGCCCGUUGAGUCACUGCCCUUCUCGGAAACCGGAAUGGUUCCGGACAUUAUCUUCAAUCCUCACGGAUUCCCAUCUCGAAUGACAAUCGGAAUGAUGAUCGAAAGUAUGGCUGGAAAGGCGGCUGCCACGCACGGAGAGAACUACGAUGCGUCGCCGUUCGUUUUCAAGUGAGUUUGGAAAAGAAGGCACCUGUGGAAACAAUUUUUCAGUGAGAAGAACACGGCGAUCAAUCACUUCGGAGAAUUGCUCACUAAAGCAGGAUACAACUACUACGGCAAUGAAACGUUCUAUUCGGGAGUGGACGGACGCCAGAUGGAGGUCCGUUUGUUUUUUUUUCUCGAAAACCGUUUGAAUACGCUCUCCGUUCAGAUGCAAAUCUUCUUCGGAAUUGUCUAUUACCAGCGCCUUCGUCACAUGAUUGCUGAUAAAUUCCAAGUGCGAGCUACUGGUCCUAUCGAUCCAAUCACUCAUCAACCAGUGAAAGGACGCAAGAAGGGAGGAGGUAUUCGAUUCGGAGAAAUGGAAAGAGACGCCAUCAUUGCUCACGGAACGUCGUUUGUUCUCCAGGUAACCUCACUUCCAACUGUUUUCUUGUCGAGCUUCCCAUUUCUUCCAGGAUCGUCUGUUGAACUGUUCCGAUCGUGAUGUGGCAUACGCGUGUAGAAGGUGCGGUUCUCUGCUCUCUGUGCUCAUGUCCAGCAGACCAGGAGCCCAUUUGCUUAAGAAAAAACGGAAAGACGACGAACCGAUCGACUACACGGAAACGCAGAGAUGUCGGACGUGUAUGCAAGACGAUCAGGUCUUCCUUCUCCAAGUGCCACGUGUCUUCCGGUAUCUGACCGCCGAAUUGGCGGCGAUGAACGUGAAGAUCAAGCUAGGAAUCGAGCAUCCGUCGAAGAUCACCGGAAGCUGA